AUGGCGUUCGACGAAGUCCCGGCCGAGGUCCUCGACCACUACGAGGCGUGGAUCGGCAAGACGCUCGUGCCCAAGUCGACCAGUGCGCACGACGGCGAUGACGCGGCCUGCGUCUUCGAAGACGAUAUAUCGUACUCGCCCUAUCGCAUUUGCGUCAACGGGCGUGCGACGCGCGACUUUCACCCGCACCGCCUCAACUUUGACACGGAAAACAACGUGGUCCGGCGCGUCUGGCGCGGCUAG